AAACAAUAAGACGAAAAUGUUUCGUCUAACGGCGUGGUUCAUCCGCAAGGCGUUGGAUAGGCCUCCCAACGAACAAUUGUCGUUAUCAGAAAAUAUACGGCUUUGCGAGGAAAAACUCCAACGGGACGAUGAUCAUGAUAGCAAACCGAAGCAAGAAGAGAUUGUCAAGCCAAUCAUUGAACCAACAGAUUGUUUCCAAACGACCGGAACAAUAACGGAGGUAAAGGCUGACUAUUUCAUAAUCGACGGGAUUUAUUUUGUGCCGAAAUCUUUGGUAAAAAACAACGAAGCGGGAAAGCAUGUGGAGGAAAACACGAAGCUUCAGUUCCUUGCCAACCGAAAAACCGAUCCAGUAUCAGGAGAAACUUCUACAAAGGUAGUCAAAAUUAUUUCCGUGCUCGGUAACCUUUGGAGCGGCGGUGACACAGCGGCAGCUGCUGAAAAGGAAGAUUGGACGCAUCCGACUGACACGGCUAAAACCACGUACUACCAGAGCAAUCGGCGCCGAGAACCAGGUACCGUGAUCGGCAUCGAGAACGAUGUGCUGAUUGUGGAAACAGACGCCGGUGAUCCGAUUAGUGUGAACAUUGACAAAACCAGCAUGACGUUUGUGCCGGUAAUGGGUGACUACGUGACACUGGACUGCGUAGUGCAGAUGGAUGGAACGUUCGUAGACUUUAAAGGGGAGGUGCUGGAGGUGGUUGGCAUUGAACCGAGCCGCACCGUUUCCGACAUCGGUACAAUCGUCGCAAUCGAGGAGGAAGGUGGUGAAAUCCGAACCGCAUCGAACAGUACCGUCUUGUACCAGAUGGCAAUACUCAACGAUUACCGACCAAACAAGGGUGACCGGGUGGAGUUUCAAGCCGUCGAAAACAAACACGUGCGAAUGCGUUGCAUCAAGGUGACACUGCUUGCUACAGCCGUAAUCAAAACGCUAGCAAACAGUCCGGCCCAAACAAACGGCACCGACAGUAGACAGAAGGAUACUUUAUGGCAGGAUAAGCAUGGUAUUCGCAUUGCUGGUGACUUUGACGUUACACUGAAGAAUGGGGAGGAUGUUGAGUGCCGAAAGGUGACGAUAAGAAAUGAUUCAGACAGGCAGCAGAAAAUAUUAAAAAUGUUGGGCCCGAAAAGUGAAUGCUCCCAGGUGCGCCUAAAAUCGCCGCCCGCCUACACGCAAAUGUUCCUUUUCCCAGGGGAAUCGAUUGAGUACGAGUUCGAGAUCUCCGGCGGUGGUUUAUUCGGUAGGAAUGAAGAAUCUUGCAUCUGGUGUUUCGGUGGGUCCUUCCGCAUUGGUCGUGUCUUUCGGAUCACGGUAGGCAAUGCAGCGGAUACAAACCAGUCAGUAGUGAUGAAAGCAACGGGGGGUGGUAUGCACAACGGUAGGAUGUCGUACUGCAAGAAGCAGCUUGCCCUGCUAAACAUGAGACGUGCUCCGGGGACGGUUCUGGCCGGACGGGGUAUAACAAACCGAAUGAACUUUAUCGCGCACCCACUGCCCAUGUACAAUGUACCGUCGGAUUUGUACGACAUUUUACUAACGUUGCCAAGCCGGGCCGAGAUCAAAAACACACUUGAGCGGCCACCGUACUGCCUGAACGAGAAGUUGACCCCAAUGAACUACAGUCGUAUUAUGAAAAAUUUCAUUUAUCUCGAGGAAAUAAGUCUACAGAUCGAGUUUCGCAAACAUGAUAUCGAACGGACACACUUUACACCGGAGGAAAGUUUCCUCGCGCUGGACGUGCCAAACAUAGCGGAGGCGCGGCCUUCCAUCAUGGUGGGCGACUCGGUGCGUGCCACAGCGCCCUGGACAAAAGACACCACCAUCUAUCAGGGUGUCAUUCACCGGGUGCUGCAUAGCCGGGUAUUUCUCAAGUUCGAUCAAGCCUUUCAUUCGCAGUACAAUGGCGAAUGCUAUGCAGUACAGUUUGUAUUCGGGCGUGGCACAUUCCGCAAGCAGCAUCACGCCAUCAAACGCAUACAGCAGACGCUGGGAUACGAGUAUCUGUUUCCGGUGCAAAUAAAACACCAACAACCGGUGCUAAAUGUGCGACUUAACGCACGGAACGACAUGCUGCUGGAGGAGAAAACGGCCGAUGCCGCCAAGGUGCGCAUGUUGCCGUGGUACAAUGAGGCGCUAAAUCGCUACCAGAGGCAGGCGGUUGUGAACGUACUGCGUGGCGAGGCACGUCCAAUGCCCCAUAUCAUCUUUGGACCGCCUGGUACGGGCAAAACGGUUACCAUUAUUGAGCUGAUUCAUCAGCUUGUCGCGAAUGUGCCUAGCGCCCGGGUUAUCGUGGUAACGCCGUCCAACAGUGCGGCCUAUCUGAUUACAGAGCGGUUGGCGCGCGGUGGAAUUUUACAGCCAGGCGAUUUUAUCCGGCUCGUUGCCAUGAGCCAGGUCGAGCGGGAAGCGGUUCCGGAGCAUCUUGUCCAGUACUGUGCCACGGUCGAUGUGGCUGAUGAGCGUAACACACUGGGUGACGUGCUUGUGACUGAAUCGGGUCUGCGCAUGAAAUUCCAAGCAAAACACAUAGGGAGACACCGUGUGACCAUUAGCACUUGUCUCGGUAUCGGUUCGCUGAUGAUGAUGAGCUUCGAUCCGAAUCACUUCACGCAUGUAAUUAUCGACGAGGCUGGCCAGGCGAUCGAACCGGAAACGCUGAUUCCUAUUUGUCAAGUUAGCCGAAGGGACGGUACCGUCGUACUGGUUGGUGAUCCAAAGCAGCUCUGCCAUUCCGUACAGUUUUCCGAAGGCGAAGAAUGGAAGAGCAACAUCUCGCUGAUGGAACGGCUGCUGGUCAACCAAAAACUGUACGCUGUCGACCGGGCGCGUUUCACCGACGACACGGCCGGGUACGAUCCACGGUUGGUGACGAUGCUUCGCAUCAACUAUCGAUCGAUACCGUCCGUACUGUCGCUGUACAACGAUUUGUUUUACGAGAGUUCGCUCGAACCGUAUCAGCCGGUGGUCACCGAGCCGGACGUAGAAUUGAUCGCUGCAAUACGCGACAUUUUGCGACUUCCACCGUCGGACAACGAAGAAAGCGCGCGGAACGGGUUCUUUUUCUGUGGUAUCAACGGCACCAACAAACAAUCGCCGGAAAGUCCGUCCUGGUUUAAUCCGGCCGAAGCGUGCAUGGUGCACAAGAUCGUCGAACGGCUGUACCGAGGCGGACGUUACGGGCCGAACGAUAUCGGCAUCAUUACGCCGUACGUUAUGCAGGUGCGCAGCAUCAGGCGCAUAUUCGAUGCGGCUUCACUCGAAUCACCCAAGAUCGGUUCGGUGGAAGAGUUCCAAGGACAGGAGCGCAAAGUGAUCAUAAUGUCGGUGGUACGUUCCUCCCGCCAUCAUUUGACGCGCGAUGCCUCAACCAGGCUUGGAUUUAUAUCAGCACCAAAGCGUAUUAACGUGGCCAUUUCACGUGCCAAGGUUGCACUGGUGGUCGUAGGCAAUCCGCACCUGCUGGCAACGGACGGGAUAUGGGGCAGUUUGCUGCAAAGCGCAAUGGACAGGGAUUCGUAUUGCGGCUGUACGAUCGCAUCGGUGAGCAAGCGACAGAAAUCGGUUGACCGUCCGAAUAUGAUUAGAGCGCAUAAUCUUUUGCAGCGUCAGUACGAUGAUGACGAGGAGGAGGAGGACGAAGAUGGACAAUAUUGAUCAUCGCGUGGAGUGGCGAAAUUAAUGUUCAUUACGAUCAAAUAGAUUAGUUUGAUGUACGUAACACAUCGUGAUUCCAUUAUGUUAACCAUACGACGAAAAAAGAAAAACUGUUUUUGAUACCAGUAUGGGAAUUGGUUUGAAUUUUAAUUGAUUGGUAUUUUUAUUCUAUGCUUCUUUAGUUUCUUACUGUUUUUGGUUCUUUGCUGAAUGCCCUCCCUUUUAAACUAAAGGAAUUAAAUUAUUUUCUGGCUGCUUUUUUUCUUUUUCACCUUUCAACAUAAUCUUCCCGGUGCGCUUGUUACAGCUGCUUCUUUAUCAGGCUUCUGCUAUUAUUUUUAUGCAAGUUUAACGCGAGAAUUAGAGGCGAUUUCCAUCCAUCAUUGGCGUCAGACGUGAUUCAGUGAUUGUAUUUGUCUCAUGCUGUUUAGUUGUAUUUUUUAAAUCGUUUUUGCAAGAAAUAAUUCAUUCGUUAAGAAUUACUGCCAUUAUUAGUAGUAGUAGUAACAUUAUUGCAGGUAUUGCUAACUAUAAAAACUGUUUUCAUUAAGAACAUAUUUCUGUAUUACUGUAAAGUCAACAUUAUUUCCAACCAGUAAACCAAGAAUCUGUUUUGUGAAUAAAAUUUAAAACAUAUUGAAA